CAGAGGAGGCAAACGGAGAACGAGAGGAGGAGGGGAAGCACAGCACAGCAAAUGAGUGUGAGUGGACGGCCUGACUGUAUUGAGGUGAAGAUCAAUUCUGCGACACGGCGGAGGUAAAAUUCACAGUUGGAGAGAAAAUUCACGGAAUCACAAUUGGAAAUGGAGGUUCCACGCGUGGAACACAGUAUCAGCAGCCCGACCAGCCCGUGCGUGGACAUAAAGAACCUGAGCUUGGACGCUAUUCAGCUAUGCGACCGAGAGGGAAACAAGUCUCAGGACAGUGGGAUAGCUGAGAUGGAGGAGCUUCCUGUCCCUCAGACCAUCAUGAUCAGCAACAUCACCUGCGACUCCUUCAAGAUCUGCUGGGACAUGGAGCCCCGCGUGAAGGAACGCAUCACCCACUACUUUAUCGACCUCAACAAGAAGGAGAACAAGAACUCCAACAAGUUCAAACACAAGGAUGUGCCCACCAAACUGGUUGCCAAGGCGGUGCCCCUGCCCAUGACCGUGCGAGGCCAUUGGUUCCUGAGCCCGCGUACAGAGUACACUGUUGCCGUGCAAACAGCAUCCAAACAAAGCGACGGAGACUACGCUGUCUCAGAAUGGAGCGAGAUCAUAGAGUUCUGCACCGGAGACUACUCCACCGUUCAUCUGACCCAGCUCCUGCAGAAGGCAGAGGUCAUUGCCGGCAGGAUGCUCAACUUCUCAGUGUUCUACCGCAACCAGCAGAAGGAAUACUUCGACCAAGCUAGCCCCUCUUCUCCCCUCAGGGAUGCUCAGAACAACCGCAUGUUGCCUGCUGUGAAGGACAACAGCGGCAGCCAUGGCUCUCCCAUCAGCGGCAAGCUGGAGGGCAUCUUCUUCAGCUGCAACACUGAGUUCAACACUGGCAAGCCCCCCCAGGACUCCCCCUACGGCCGCAUGCGCUUCCAGGUGCAGGCCGAGGCCCUGUUCAACCCCAACACCAACCUCUACUUUGGGGACUUCUACUGCAUGUACACGGCCUACCACUAUGUGAUCCUGGUUCUGGCCCCACAAGGCUCCCCUGGGGAUGAGUUCUGCAAGCAGCGGCUCCCUCUGCUGGAUAUCGCAGACAACCGCUUCCUGACGUGCGUGGAGGGGGAGGACGGCCACUUGGUGUUCCGACACGCGCAGGACGUGAUCUUGGAGGUGAUCUACACAGAGCCUGUGGAUCUGGCACUGGGCACAGUGGCGGAGAUCAGUGGGCAUCAGCUGAGGAGUUCAUCUACGGUCAAUGCUAAGAAGGACCCCAGCUGCAAGACCUGUAAUAUCAGUGUGGGCCGCUAAAUGGCUUGCUGGCUGAUGGCUAGCUGGCUAACUAGCUGGCUAACCAGCUGGCUAGCUAACCGGCUAAACUGCCAUCUAGCUAACAGUUUGGCAGGCUAAUGACUAGCUAGCUUACUGGCUAAUCACUGACUGAUUAAAAGUCCUACUGGUUUAUUAACUGACUGGCUAAAGGCUAAAGCUAUCCCUUAACUGCACCCCACCUCCCCCUUUUAUGCCACCCCUGCCUAAAUCCUUUUCCUCCCUCUCUUCAUCCCUCUCUUCCCCCUGCUUCUCUUAAGCCAAACACACACAGACUGUUGGACUGUUGAAUUGUUCCAUGCGGCCUCUGUCUAACUCCCUCCUCUGUGAUGGCAUGUAUUCACAGCUUCAGACCAAACAGCCUUUACUUUGUACAGCUCUCUGUUCCCUCCAUAAAUACAUCAGGAGACUUAUUUCCUGCUCCUGUUUUUGAAUUCUGAAGGGGGGGUGGGAACAGCUGGCGGAGGAUGGGUUGUAAGGGUGAGGCUGUGGAGGGAUGAAUGCAAACAGAAUGCAUUAUGCGUGCAUUCCCUAUGCGUGGUCCCUAGCCAAUCUACCAGUAACACAUUGCUUCUUUCACCACCUAACUGGCUGUGACGCUUCUAACUGACGUUUGGCCCCACUAGAGAUGCAAUGUUAAUGAUUUGCCAAAGGUAACAAAAGGACUGAUUCCAAGCUGCUAUUGUAAGGUAUCAUGAAUCUCAUUCAUGUUAACUUAUGGUCUAACAUGAUGACCAGGCAAUUUGAAAGAGCAUGAUUUGGUUCCAGCUGCAGCAUGUUUUUGAUAUCAAACUAUUUGAUGUCAGCACACUCAUCUUGUUGUCUAAAGCAUUCAAUGUUAUUUAUUCUCGUAUUAACAAAACAAAACAAAACAUCAUACUGUGUUGAGCAGAAUAAAUGUGAUACAAAAUUUAGAUUAGAAAAAUAUUUAUUUUUACUGUUGUAUAGAAAAUGAGGGGGUGAACCGUAGAGGUACACAAUACAAGGACUUUGAUCACUGCAAGGAAAUAGUGAACAUCCAUAAACAGUAAUGUGAUAAUCUCAAGCAAAACAAGGAAGUGCAAGGAUGAACAGAACGUGCAUUCAGCAGCCGGAUGUGUCUGUGAGGGUGUGACUGUCUCAUAGUACAAACAUAGUAUCUUACAUGUAACCACAACUGAUUGUAGCAUACAGUAACCAUAUAACAGCUGACAUUAGCAUGCAGACUCAGAAAGAGAACAACAGACAGCCAGAUUGAUUCAAACAGUGAAUGGCAGUAGAGAUCUGAUCAUGGGAAAGGGGUGGACUUGCACAAAUAGGGAGGGAAUCCCUGAAGCCUUUUUGAAAUGAGCGCUUAACUCAUCCCAACCCCAGUAAUGAAUUUGAGCCAUUCACAUUUACUGUAGGAACAUCUAAGACAUUGUCACACAUAUAAAUUUGACCGUACAUCAGUAACGUGUUCUUUUCAAGAACUGCGAACUUCAUAAAAAGCUAGAAAAUGAACUGGGUAGGUUAUAUUUUUUGUUGUUGUCCCAUUUUGUGUUGAAAGUUAAACACUAAAUCUAUAUAACAUUUCAUUCAACCCCUUUUGCCCCCCUUUUUAUGCAUAAUGUUCAUCCAUUGUGGGUUUUGUAUCUGUUGAUUUCUGUGUGAGGAAGAUUAUUAUUGUGUUUGUUGCAUAAUUAAUGUAAGUCAAACAAGCAGUUCCGAAGGGUUGAUGAUAUGCAAUCGUAUCUGUGCAGUCCAUGUAGGGAAUCUAUACCCUGUAACCCCUUAGCACUCUCUCUGGCCAUUCACAUUCAUGCAUAUUGUCAGUUUAAUACAUAUUUUGUAUUUUUAGAAUUGGACAACAAAUUUUGCUAAAUCAAAACAUAUUUGCAUAUGGGAUUUGAACUUUGGCUGAUGAAAUCAAUCCCCAUUUCAAUAGAAAGUGCCAUAAAUUACACAGAAAGGUGGAUUUCAAUUUCAUCUCUCUUUUAACAGAAAUGCCAGUAAUAAUACAGUGUGGAAACUCCUGGUGAUUCCUGAAUAUAUAAAGUGUCUUUCGGCUAGAACACAACAUAGCACAACAUAGUGCAUAGCAUCUUGUCACAGAUAACAAGGGUGUGUUCCAUUUCAGUUUCUGGGGAUUGUACAGGGACACAUAGGAAAGGACAACAUUCUGGAAUGAAACAUGCCCCAAGAGUCCUUCUUUUAAACAUCUAUCUUAAACUCCUGAACAACUCCAGGAGUCAAUUUUAAAGUGCAUUACAAUGUCAAUAUAUGGCACAAACAAAUCUGUUAAAAAACUAACACAUUUUGGUCCACAAGUCGAUCAAUAUGAAAAAAACAACAAACAAACAAGGCAGAGUUCCUUCCCUUUUUCUUUCUAACAUAUCGGACCUUAUCAAAUCUCAAACAAGGAUUACAGACAGUUGGACAGACUACUGUACUGUCAUAGAUUUAUGGAUGAGACUACUCACCAUGAAGGGAGCUAUAUAAGAACACACUGUAGAGAGAAAGGUAGAGCGUUGGGUAGAAUCCUUCCCAAUAUGCACAAUUGCUUACUACUUCCCCAGUAAGGUCAUAUGGGCCAUGCACACUAGGUAGUAAGCUAGUGUAGACAUUGGGGAGUGGUCCCACUCUCACUCAGACAGAUUUUGUUGUGGUUUCCUGUUUGCUGAGAAGGACUUCCAGGAGGCGGAGCUUAGCCUUGAGGUUCUUGUACUCAUGGUACUCCUCUGCCAUGGGGGUGCGGUCCUCCUUCUGGGCAGUCCUGCAGUCAACAGAAACAAACAGCCAACUAUGAAGCAAUGUGAGGUGGUCCAAAUGUCAAACAUGGACUUGUACCCUUGUAUUGCCUUAAAUAGUUUUGUACAUUGGUGGAUAUCACCAAUAAGGGUGACAUGUAUUUUAUUUGUGAUACCUGAUGUGUAUAUAGUGUUAUGUGUAUAUGUGUUUUCUUCCGGUGUGUCAUUUUUGUGUUGCGCUGUGUAGCUGUUAGCAGCCAUUUUGUGUGUGCUAGAUAGAAGCUCCUGUACCAUUUGGCUGACUCCGCUGACUCCUUCCGGUUUGUAUUAAUUGUCUUUUUAUUUUCUCCUCUUCAUGUUGAGAAGCCAAACAUGAUGUAACAGUUCAUUAAAACACCUUAAACCCA